AUGAGCUCCAAAAAUACCCGUAUCGCAAUUAUCAACGACGAUAGGUGUAAACCCAAGAAGUGCCGUCAAGAAUGUAAGCGUUCGUGUCCCGUGGUGAAAACAGGUAAACUGUGUAUCGAAGUGGCACCAACAUCGAAAAUCGCUUUUAUCUCUGAAAACCUGUGUAUUGGUUGUGGUAUCUGUGUCAAGAAAUGUCCAUUUGAUGCUAUCCAGAUCAUUAACUUGCCCACCAACCUAGAGGCCGAGGUGACCCAUCGUUACUCCGCCAACAGUUUCAAGCUCCACAGAUUGCCUACCCCAAGACCAGGCCAGGUUCUGGGGUUGGUCGGUACCAACGGUAUCGGGAAAUCGACAGCUUUGAAAAUUCUGGCCGGUAAACAAAAGCCCAACUUGGGCCGUUACGACGACCCUCCAGAAUGGCAGGACAUUAUCAAGCAUUUCCGUGGGUCUGAAUUGCAGAACUACUUCACAAAGAUGCUAGAAGACGACAUCAAGGCUGUUAUCAAGCCUCAAUACGUGGACAACUUGCCCAGAGCCAUCAAGGGAUCCAUCCAAAAGGUGGGCGAACUAUUGAAACUAAGAUUGGAGAGAACCCAGGAGGACGCCAGAUAUGUCAUCAAGGCUCUAGAUCUGCAGAAUCUGCUGAAAAGAGACGUCCAUGCUCUGUCGGGUGGUGAACUGCAAAGAUUUGCAAUCGGUAUGUCCUGCGUUCAGAGCGCACAAGUGUACAUGUUUGACGAGCCAUCUUCAUAUCUGGAUGUGAAACAACGUCUAAAUGCUGCGUUGGUGAUCAGAUCGCUAUUGAACGCCACCACCUAUGUCAUCUGUGUCGAGCACGAUUUGUCGGUGCUGGAUUACUUGUCUGACUUCGUGUGUAUCCUUUACGGUGUUCCAUCGGUGUACGGUGUGGUCACUUUGCCUGCAUCCGUGAGAGAGGGUAUCAACAUCUUUUUGGAUGGUCACAUUCCAAGUGAAAACAUGAGAUUUAGAAAUGAAGCGCUACAGUUCAGAAUGGUGGACGCCCAGGACCAACUCGAAAAAACUGACGCCACUCGUGCCUUCACCUACCCGAAGAUGAAACGUACUCAGGGCGAUUUCAAGCUGCAAGUUGAAUCCGGUAGCUUCUCUGAUUCCGAAAUUUUGGUCAUGAUGGGAGAAAACGGUACUGGUAAGACCACUUUGAUCAAAUUACUAGCUGGUGCUUUGCCCGCCGAUGACGGUACUGCGGUGCCCAAAUUGAACGUUUCCAUGAAGCCUCAAACGAUUGCUCCUAAAUUUCCUGGUACUGUGAGACAACUGUUCUUCAAGAGAAUCAGGGGCCAAUUCUUGAACCCUCAGUUUCAAACUGACGUCGUAAAGCCUUUGCGAAUUGACGACAUCAUCGACCAAGAAGUGCAGCACUUGUCCGGUGGUGAGCUGCAAAGAGUGGCUAUUGUACUGUCGUUAGGUCUACCCGCAGACAUCUACUUGAUCGAUGAGCCAUCUGCCUACUUGGACUCCGAGCAACGUAUCAUCUGUUCGAAGGUCAUUAGAAGAUUCAUUUUGCACAACAAAAAGACUGCUUUCAUUGUAGAGCACGAUUUCAUCAUGGCUACUUAUUUGGCAGACAAAGUCAUUGUGUUCGAAGGUACACCUUCGCAGGACUCGCGCGCUGGAGCUCCAGAGAGUUUGCUGACUGGUUGCAACCGUUUCUUGAAGAACUUGAACGUUACAUUCAGAAGGGACCCCAACUCUUUCAGACCAAGAAUCAACAAGCUGGAUUCCCAAAUGGACAAGGAACAGAAGUUGAGCGGAAACUUUUUCUUCUUGGAUAACACCGGCGUGUGA